AUGUUUCAGAAGUUCAGUAUAAUCUUACUCACUUCAACAGGAGGACUAGCUGCAAUAAUGUGUAUUUACAAUAUAAAUAAAAGUACCCCGCAAUCAAAAUCUUUGAAAAUUUACUUGGUGAUAGCUACUCUUAUUUCUAUCGCGGUAGUAAUUUGCGUAUGUGGUCAAUCGAUUUCAGAUGAGUCGAUGAAAUUACGCGAUAUACUAUACGAAAGUCCUUGGUAUAAUUGGAAUAUAAAGAACAGGAAAAUAUUAUUAUUGAUAAUAACAAAUAUAAUGCAGCCAUGGGAGAUCUCAUUUUACAAUUUAAUACCCGCCAAUCUCCAAUUUUUGACAAAGGGAAGCAAAUUUGCGUACAGUAUAGCUGCUGUCCUUUCUAAGAUGAAAUGAAUAUCUAUGCUGUGAAAUCUGGAAUAUAUGAGGCAACACAAUUUAUGUUAAAAUAAAUUUUUCGAAAUGAAAUUCAUGUUUGGACAUUGAA